AUGUCUACCGGCGGAAACAACUUCUCUUCGUCAACGUAUUUCACAAGUGAACUAAUCAUUCUAUAUUGCAUAGAGAUGCUGCAAACCAUCGUCCAAUAUUCCGCUCUCGUCUUUCCACACACAUUUGGGCGACUCGCGUACUGGCAUCUUCUCCUAUUUUACGACAAUACCGGUUUGCUUGAUCUUCAAUACAUGAUUUUCGCAACACUGCCAUCUUGCAUCUACUUCAUCCAUUACUUUGCUGCAGCUCGGGACUUUCGCGAUGAUGACGAUGACGAAAGACUUCCAGAGGAUCGACCUGGGCCAUUCCGUGUUAUUCUGGGCUGUUUAAAAUACUGGUUCUUGGUGUACAAAGCUUUCGACUUGCUAGCCGCGCUGGACGUCGUGCUCAGAGCGUCAGGAUUCUGCGGCAAGGCCAUUCUUGCCAUAGACUUGUUGAUGGAAAGCACCCUGGUUCUCCUGGCAAAGACAAUUUUCUUCCUCUUUGUUAGUAUUUCCGUCGGCGCAGCACUUGAGGGAUUUCCCUUCGUACAAUCCGUCAUCCUCGAUCUCCAGGAAGCAUUCUUUGGAAGGAACGAGGUCCCUGCAGACGAAGCGUUUCACGAGGAAUAA